AUGAUUUCUAACACCGGAAAACUUGCUGGACGUACAUUGUUCAUAACGGGAGCUUCCAGAGGAAUUGGAAAAAGUAUUGCAUUAAAGGCUGCUAAGGAUGUGGAAGAAGCUGGAGGAAAAGCUCUACCAUGCAUGGUCGACGUUCGGGACGAGUCUCAGGUUCUUGCAGCGGUAAAUGAAGCUGUCAGCAAGUUCGGGGGCAUUGACAUUGUGGUUAACAAUGCGAGCGCUAUUUCGCUGACACCCACGCUCGACACCGACAUGAAAAGAUACGACUUGAUGAAUAACGUCAACACACGUGGUACAUUUUUAGUGUCGAAGGCUUGCAUACCAUUUUUGAAAAAAAGCUCUAAUCCUCAUAUUCUAAACCUGAGCCCGCCGUUGAGCAUGAAACCCAAGUGGUUCCAAAGUAACUUGGCUUACACCUUGUCUAAGUAUGGAAUGUCAAUGUGCGCCAUGGGAAUGGCUGAAGAAUUUAAAAAUGAUAGAAUUGCUGUCAACGCUCUUUGGCCUAAGACCGCUAUUCAUACGGCAGCUAUUGAAAUGCUAACGGGUGGAGAAGGAUUCAAUGUGAGCCGUAAAGCCGACAUAAUGGCUGAUGCAGCGUAUUUAAUGUUGGACUUUUUCUUGGACGAAGAAGACUUCCAAUCAAAAAGCCACACUGUUUUUGAUCCUACCAAAAAACCAGCUCAAAACUCCAAAGACUUGAACGUCAUUUUCUCAGCAAUAAGAGCUAACCUAUCAGCAGAUCUCGUGAGGAGAACAACUGCGAUCUAUCAAUUCAAUAUUACAGGUGACAAUCCAGGAACGUGGGUCCUGGACUUAAAGACUGGAAAUGGAGCUCUAGAAAAAGGAAAACCUUCCCAAGCAGCCGACGCUGUUCUCACCAUGGAAGCUAACAAUUUCUUUGAUAUGUUCUCCGGAAAAUUGAAACCCGCGACCGCGUUUAUGAUGGGAAAACUCAAGAUCGAUGGAAAUUUGCAAGUCGCUAUGAAAUUAGAAAAAUUAAUGAGCAGCUUGAAAUCAAAGCUUUAA